AUGCGUCAAGGAUUCCGGCCUCUACUGGUGCCACCCUACUCCCAAAGCCAUGCUUUAGUGAGCGACUCACGACGACCUUUCCUGUGCCUGGUAGUGACCCUGGUGGUGAUUCUGCUGGUGAUCACAAUAUUUGGCAUGUCUGCCUGGAAUGCCUAUGAGCACAGGUUUGGAAAGAACACAUUCGUGUUCUACAGCGGUGAUGAGGUGGCUCUCAGCCAGACUGCCAGUGACUUCUCUGCCACAUUUUGUGACAGUUAUAAAGUUUCUUUACAGGGAGCAGGCCAGGUUUUCCUCCUACCCAGUGCUGCUACAGUGAAUGCAACUGCUGUUGAACAUGUUCCUGUGAAUAUCCACCAGCUUCCCUACAGAGAGUUUAAUGUUGUGCACAAGUUCCUGCUGCAGCAGUCGACAGUCAAUGUGACUGCAUGUAGAAGAGGAGGCUCUGUGUAUUCAAGGGCUGAAAUUAUGCUCAUUCAGGGUGACAAGAACUUCUACAGAUGGAGACGAAACAUUUAUUGCAGUGACUGUGUCCUCAGACGUGUGCAUAUUCGUGAUGAUGCCGUCUGUGAUCAUGCAAGACAACUUCCCAGGCUGUACCAUAAAAUCACACGUGAUGACCGAUAUUUCUUGUUUGUAUUUAAUGGUCGUCCAGAUUCAAGACCACGCCUGCUUUCCUUGGGCAUCUUGUUAAGUGGCAUGAUUUCAAGAACUCAUUUUGAUUUGUCUGAUGCAGAAAAAACUUGCUAUAUUGUCAACUCCUCCAGCUGCAUUUUCACACUUCCUUGGGGGUCAACCAAAGAUGUGGUUGUAAAAUUUGGUGGUCCAGACUCCGACAGCUUCCGCGACACCCUCAGCACAAGUUGCCAAGCACGGGUGGUCUUUUGGGUGUGCCUGUUUGGUAUUUUGCCAUUGGUGUGCAUUUUUGUAACGCUGACUUCGGUAUAUUGCUUCUUGCGUAGAAAGAGAAUCAUUAUCACGAGGUUCAGUAGAGGAUGUAAUGAUGAGAUGGCUAAUGAAAGAACACGACUCUUGCAGAGACAGAAUCAGCAGUCGCCAAAUUAUGUGCCACAGAAUGAUAACGGUGGAACAGUGGCAAUUCAACAAGGGUGA